CGGGGAAGAGGCCGUGGCGCCGCACACGAUCCGACGACGUGCGAUUCAAAGGUCGGUCGAGGCCACACCGACACCGCCAUUCGAUUGGUCGGACGUGAUACGGCCGGAGGAACGCUCGGCGCGAUUGGUAAAUCGGGCUGCGUCGGGCGCGGCACCGGCGACUGGUGGUGGGGCAUGUUUGAACAAGACCGGCCGACUCAAGAGUAGCGGAGUACACUCGCUAACCGGCCUCCAUCCACAACACGGCAUACAGAGAGAGGAGAGAGAGACCCGUUGGUACGAGGCGGAGUGUGCGGUGAGAGGUGGUGAGGCGGCUCUCUCACAAACAGGGCCCCGCUCGAUCAAAUAACUGACCGCGCGCGCGGUCUCGACGAGAGCAGCCGUCACCGUAGUGGUUGGUGUUGUUUCGCGCACUCGUUCACGUCGUUAAAGCACGCGAGAGACCGAACGUCCUUGCCCGUUGCCAUCGUCGCGUUCGUCGUGCCCUCAUGGUGUUGGGGUAACAAUUAUCCCCUAACUCCCACGGGGGUGUACCUUCUUCUCGCGCUCGCGUUUCCUCUCGUCGUUCGCAUCGUACGCAUCGAGUGCGCGCCUACCCGCGAACAAACGGACUGUGCAUUGUGUUCCUGGGAGGAAGAGGACAGUGUCUUCAGUUUCCUCGCAUCAUCUCCGUCGCUCCACUCACACAGUGUGUGCUGGUGAAGUUUUUUUUUUUCUAGUGAAACUCAAGUGCGACGCGAAUCCUUAGACCUUUAGGCGGCUACGCAACGUCUCCAGUUCUGUGCGUACAAUUCGCGAAACCUCUGUGAUUCGUGAUCCGACGGCGGAAGAUUGACGGGGUCGCUCCGCGAGCCAGGAGCGCAAAACGUUAACUCGAAUAUUGCCCGGAUUCGUCCGGUGAGAAGAUUAAGGGAAUACCUGACUGCCAGCAGCCGUGGUACCGCGGUUUUCAUGAUACCCGCUUGACAGCGACGACGCGGCAGCAGGCCACUACGAUGAGCUCUAUGACAAUGAUACAGUCGCAGAAGCUGUACGGUGACGCGGGUGCCAUGACCAGUGCUGCGAUGUCCAGUAUGGGCAGCAUGGCGCCCACGUACAGCUCGAUAAACUCGAUGAGCUGCAUGCCGAUGGGUAUGUCGAUGGGCGUCGGAGUCGGACCCAGCUGCAGCCCGCAGGGCGCCGGCGGCUUCAACAUGAGCACUAUGAGCUCGGCGAUGACCAUGGCGUCGAUGGGUGGCGGUGGUAUGAGUGGUUACAGCGGCGCUUCCAUGGGUGCAAGUGGCGCAUGUAUGAGCGCCGUCGGAUACGGCCCGUUGACGCCCGGCGGCGGUACCGGCGUCACCCGCGAUCCUUUGUCGUUGACGGAGCCGGACUCGCCGAAUUCGGCGCUACAACGCGCGCGAAGCGACAAGUCGUACCGACGUAGUUACACGCACGCGAAGCCACCGUAUUCUUACAUAAGCCUGAUCACUAUGGCAAUACAGAACGCACCGCACAAGAUGCUGACCCUCUCGGAGAUCUAUCAGUUCAUUAUGGAUUUAUUCCCGUUCUACAGACAGAAUCAGCAGCGCUGGCAGAACUCGAUUAGGCAUUCUCUUAGCUUCAACGAUUGCUUCGUUAAGGUGCCGCGUACGCCGGACAAGCCUGGCAAGGGCUCCUUCUGGACGCUACAUCCGGACAGCGGUAAUAUGUUCGAGAAUGGUUGCUAUCUACGGCGCCAAAAGAGGUUUAAGGACGAGAAAAGGAGCUCACAAGGCAGACUAACGAAGCAUCAGCAGCAUCAGCAGCAUCAGGCGACAGCGGUGGCGGUGGCGGCAGCAGCAGGCGCGACCAUCGCCGGUCAGCAUAGUCCACCCACUCACGAAGGCGCGCCCGGUUCCAAGAAGACCGGCUCGUCCAUCCACCAUGGCGGUCCUCAGCAGCAGGACGACAAGGACUUGCACUCGCUGGUGACCUCGCAUCAUCACCAUCACACGGCAGGUCUACAUCAGCAUCACGCCGCACUGAAGAGCGACGCCGAUAUCGGCGGCCUCCUGGGCUCCGAUCUCGGCGCCACACACGACGAGCUUACCGCCAUGGUGAGGAGCAGCCUGCAUCCGCAUAGCUUGCUGUCCGACACCACGAGUUUGCAUCACGGUAUGACAGGUAGCCUGAAGCAAGAACCGAUGUAUCCGGCGGCCAGUCAUCCGUUCAGCAUCAACAGGUUAUUACCGCGCGACACCGCUGGCGCGUCUCCGGGCGCUCAGGACACCAAGCCGCCCGAGAUGAAGAUGUACGAGCUGCAUCAGAGUUACGCCAACUUUGGCUCGCCGCAUCAUCCGCACGCGCACUCGGCGCCGCCCAGCCAUCAUCAUCAUCACAACGGCAUGCACGCCGGCACGAACGCCGCCGGACCUAUGCACAUGACGAAUCAUCAUCAUCAGGAGUAUUAUCAGAGCACGCUCUAUCACACCGCCAGCGUGGCUACCACGAGCGCUCCUCCGCCGUCCGCGGUCGCUACCGCGACGCCGGGCUUGUGACAUCACGCUACGCAUCCUUACGCUUUGGCCUGAGUCGCUGCUGCCGCGGCAUAUGCCGCUACCGCCGCCGCACCGAUGCCACCGCCGACGUUGGAUUUGCCUGCUACCUGCACGGCGACCGCGACAACCGCGGUGCCGACAUCAUCACCUGCGGCCUCGUCGACUUUCUCAUCGUCGCCGCGAACGCAGCCACGCCGACGCGGCCGUCGUACCGACGACGACGUCGUCGACGCCGUCGUCUGUUGGCCGCCCGACGACGACGAUGAGUACGACGACGAGAACGAGGACGAGGAGGAAGAGAAUGUCGUCUAUAGACAGUAAACGGCUGCGGGGAGGUAGGCUUCGAUCGGAUAUUUCGGCUCGGUUACGGUUCAUCGUCUCGGAAAUAUCGUCUUAGUUUGUUGCACACAGUGUUGAGUAUAUGCGAUCGUUUUACUAGCAAUUGUUACAUAAUAAUCGACGAAUUAUAUCUAUAAAACUUUUUUUUACAUUUCUUAUUACGUAUAUAUUCUAUUCUUUAUUUUAUAUUUUUUUGUUUAGAUUUAUAUCAUUCUCGAUACUUUGAUUGUCACAAAUAUAUAUAUA